AUGUUGAUCAACGGCCUUGCCGAUAAGUGCUCCUGCGUUACAAUUUCCGUCUUGAUCCAACGACUGACAUGCCGUGCCAACAAGUCCAAUGCAGAUACCUUUGUACAGUUUAAUCGGGGUGCCGGCGGCUUUUUAGUUCGCGGUGAACAGGUGGUGGACAUUCAAUGCACGAGCGACGGGCAUUGGCGUUUUGCUCGAAGCGACUCGAAGAGCAUCGCCGUGGAGAGCCUCGCAUGGUUACCAACAACUGAGGUCGACACCACAGAACUGUGA